AUGAAUGAGGCGAGACAUUUUAAUUCUGCAAUCUCAAUAAACGGUGCCGUUUAUUCGGUGGGCGGAUAUGAGAGUAACCGAACUGCAGAAUGUUAUAAUCCAGUUACAAAGAGGUGGAAUUACAUUGCGUCAAUGAAUUAUGGUCGUCAUUGUUGUGGGAUUUGUACGCACAACGAUUUGAUAUAUGUUGUUGCUGGAUUGAUCGCUUCAAGUGUUGAAAACUAUAAUCCGGCAACUGACAAGUGGCACUUAUGUGCAAAUAUACCCGCAGGAGGCUCUUCUGGGUACACUCGUUCAGCAGUGGUAGAAAAUAACAUUUACAGCGUAGUUGAUAUGCAGUCCGAUGGCUUUAAUCUAUGUUUUCGCCUUGACCCUAGAGAAGGGCGGUGGGAUGAUGUGAAAGAAAUGGUAGGAGGAAGCAAUGAUUUUGGACUGGUAUCUUAUGGUCAUUCAUUGUUCUAUAUUGGACAUGGUUGCUGCAAACGUCUCGACGUGCGUAUGAAUAAAUGGGAGUCGAUUCCUUCCCCGCAGUUGGGAAGAUAUGGUUUUUCGGCGGUGAUAGCUGCUGAUGACAUUUAUGUGUUGGGCGGCGAGACAUUCUAUCGGGCAAGGCAAUAUGUUACGAGUGUAGACCGCUUUAACAUCCGUAAAAAUGCGUGGACUGCAAUCGAAUCAAUGGCAAUUAAACAUAUUGCCGGAGGGGCUGCAGUAGUCAGCGGUUGUUUUGAUUAA